UUAUUACUUUUAUUUGUAUAUUAUCGUCUUCGUUCGCCAUGGAUGCACCACAAGCUCUUCAACCUAAUGAAACCCGGAUUCAAGUCACUGAUGUCAAUGGAUUCGAUUACUCUCUUAGAGGACAAUGGCUUCGAGCCGCCGUUUUGGGAGCCAACGAUGGGUUGGUUUCAGUCGCUUCGCUAAUGAUGGGCGUCGCGUCGGUUAAAGUAGACAUCAAAUCUUUGAUCGUUUUCGGUUUUGCAGGUUUGGUCGCCGGUGCUUGUAGCAUGGCGAUCGGAGAGUAUGUAUCUGUAUGCACCCAAAGGGAUGUUGAGGUAGCUCAGAUGAGAAGAGAGAAGCGAAAGGGUACGUCCGAGAGUGGAAAUGAUGAUGAGAAACUACCGAAUCCUGUACAAGCUGCGGCGGCGUCAGCUUUGGCCUUCGCCGUCGGUGCGGUGAUUCCGCUAUUGGCUGCUGCUUUUAUAAGGCAGAACAAGGUGAGGAUUGCGGUGGUGGUUGUGGUGGCCACCGUGGCUUUGUUGGUGUUUGGAGUGGUGGGUGCUUUGCUUGGAGGAACUCCGGUGGCGAAAUCCGCCGCCAGGGUGGUUGUCGGUGGAUGGAUGGCCAUGGGCGCUACUUUCGGGCUCACAAAGCUCAUUGGAUCCGAUCAUGGGAUGCAAAAUUGAUUUGCUUUAUCAAUAACGAUGGAAGCCAGAGGAUUAGUUAGGUGGUUUUAGACCUUAAUGGUAUAAUUAACUUCCAAUCCCUGAAAAUUUGUAAAAC